ACCAGGUGCAGGCAGGCCCAAAACUCAGCUUAGGGUUGAGCACUGGCCCCAAACCAUACCCAAAAACUCCUUAUUCUUUGUCGUUCCCUCAAUUUCCUUUCGCUCGCUCGCUCUCUCUCUCUUUCUCUCACUCACUCACUCACUCACAUAUUUCUUUCUUCUUUUCUCUCUCUUUCUCUCUCUCAUACAUCACACACACACUCUUCUUUUUCAUAUUCUUCCCCCUUUCCUACUACAACACCAUGGAAUUCGAAGAUAUUGUCGACAUGGACUGGUUGAACUCCAACACAACCACCGACGAAAGUCUCCUGACCUCCUCAUCCUCGCCCUCAAUGGCUCCGAUCAAGAGUGAGCCACUCCACGCAUUCUCUCCAUCCGCCGCCUUAUCCGAUUACUGUCACGACUCGCUUUACGGCUUCUCUGAUCAGCCAAUCAUGUGGCGAAAUGACUUUCCCUCCACCGAUCUAGACAUGCUGGAGGCCACACCGUGUAGCCCCGCGUCCUCUUCACUGCCCGAUAAGCAGGAGUCGUCGCAGCAACGGCAGGAGAAAAAUGUCGCUGCAGUAGCACCAGCACAACCACCCAUUGCACCCAUGUCUGAAUUGGUCAUGCCAAGCACAGAACAUAUCAAGCAACUGAUUGAGAUUGCCAAACGACAUCUUGCGCUGCGUGAACAGCAGCAACAAGAAGAAAAUCCAAAGCAAGAACAACAACAGCAACAACAGCAGCCACAGGCGCAGGAGAAGCAGCAGCAGCAGCAGCAGCAUGUCAUAAAGCAGGAGGAACCGGAAAAGGCACAAGAAAUUUCACAGCAGUCCGGGGACCUGCAGCGACUUUACAAUGAAACGGCGCCCAUGUCUUUCUUUGUUCAUCCUACCGCGGUUUCUACUGUUCCUGACACCGUUGCACCUGAGUCACUGAUGAAGUCUUCUUCUCCCACACCCGCCAGCACCAGCACCAGCACCAGCACGACCCGUACUACUACUACUACCGCCGCCGCCGCCGCCGCAAUGCCUGAUUCACCCAGAGACGAAAGGGCGUUUUCGCCGUCGCCACCACCGACCUCAGCACCAGCACAAGCCUCGGCCAACCGACGAGCAUCCAGCGUGUCGCUUGCAGGAGGAUUGACGGACGAGGCAAUGACACUUGAAGCAUAUGCGGUAUCUGAUGGGAUCGAUAUCAAGAAGCUCACACCCAAAGAACGCCGACAACUGCGCAACAAGAUCUCGGCACGCAAUUUCCGAGUCCGAAGAAAAGAAUACAUCAACACGCUUGAAGCACAAGUGGAUGAGCACAAGAAGCACGCUGAACGGCUGAAGACGCGGUUGGAUGAUGUGGAAGAAGAAAACAAGCAGCUGCGUCUUGAAGUGGAUUCGCUGCGGCGACAGAACCAGCUCCUGCAGCAGCAGCAGCAGCCAAAGAGUAGUAGUAGUAGUAGUAACAGUGUCGUUGCAGGACCAUCGUCGCCUGGAUCGCCACGCGUGUCAUCACCCAUUCCAAAGCCAAAUUUGAACAAGGACAUCAGCAUGCUCGGAAGCAAAGCCAGCGAGACCUAUCGACACGACACGCGCAUCUUGGUCUCCAACGCCGUCAUGCCUGUGUGGGACUACGAUCGGAUCUUUACAGCUCAGCAACAACAACAACAACAACAACAGCAGCAGAAGCAACAACAACAACAACAACAACAAAUUCUGGCGCCGCCUGAGCAAGUCAUGCAUUUGGCCGGUUACAUCCUGUCGAUGUUUGUACAACUGCAUGGCUCCUCUUCUGCUGCUACUACUACUACUACUACUACUACUACUUCCGCCACCGACGCAUCGCAUUCCUUGCUGGCAUCAUCAUCAUCACCUACGAUUGUCGAGCUUAGUGAGAAUGGCGAGGAACAAGUACAGAUGAGCAGCAGCAGCAGCAGCAGUAACAUAUUUGAUGCGCCGUUGUUGCCGGAUGACCGUGAUUUCAGCAGCGAGGAUGCGUGGGAGAAAGCAACUGCAGUGCCACCAACGGCAGCUUCUCCUGCAUACAUGGAGUACCUUUAUGACACUUUGAUCAUGUCGGCCUUGAGCUCCAAUGCUCAUACGGACAAGUCCUUCUGGUGGUGGGACACGCCUGCGUUUCAUCAGUAAACAAAGAAAAAAAUUUUUUUUUCCUUUCACCCUUUCUCCCUCUCUCCCUCUCUGUGUGUGUGUGCCCUCCCAAAGCCCCACCCCCUGAAUCCUUAACCCACCCCCUUUAUUUUGUACAUAACAGCAGCAUCAUAUAACAACAACAUUCAACCCCAUUAGCACUUUUCCUUCUUUUUUUUUUUUUUUUUACAAACGCAAUUCACUUUUCCACUCUCACGAAUAACAACAAUUAUUACAACAAUCCAUCA